UCUGAGACAGAUGCUGUCCGCUCUGCAAACACAUUCUGUAGGGAUCAGUCUGAGGUCACAUCGAAGAACUGAACGGAGAAGCUAUAUAGCUCGCAAGGAUAUCAUUUCUUGGAAAAUUGACGGAUAACUUUUUUUCUUUAUUCAUUGUUGUGAAUUAUAGGCUACACUAAACUUAGCAGUAACUUUUGAUGGGACACAGAGAAGAUUCAAGCUGUUUUCUGUCCGGAACGAAUCAUCACGCAAAAGAAUUGAUGGAGAUUCUGCGAAUUGAAAAACCUGGACGACAACUGCAUUUGUUUUGCACAGGAUAAUAUUAUUUUGCAGAGGCAGCUUACAGUUACAACCCAAAGGGUCUUUACAACCUGAUGCCAUAUAACCUUUUCAAUAACAUUUUUAUUCUACAGUUCUUCAGAAAACCAUAUGCCCUAGUGCUUUUAUGAAGCACCCAGAAACCAGCACCAACAUAUUUAGAUAAUGUAAUCAUGAGCUUUCAGGGAACCAUGUAGGAAUGUCUUUAAAUAAUAAGGUUCUUCACUGAACCUAAGAGCCACUGAAGAACCUAGCUGUAAGAUCCUAUGGUGUGAAGCAGAAGAGAAGAGGUAAAAACACUGGCUUCCAAGUGAUUUUAUAUUUAGAAGUGAAAACACCCUCAUGAUCAUCACAGACUGGAUGUAAAGAUGACAAGCAUCUGGUUUGCUCUUCUGGGCUUCUUGUGGACUGUUUAUUUGGCAGGUAGUAGUUCUGUACUGGACCCAUCUGAGCUUCAGCCCAACUUCAUUCAUCGGAGGUUACAUUCUCAAGAGAAAAGAGAGAUGCAGAAAGAGAUCCUGUCCAUACUGGGACUGAACCACAGACCCAGACCACAUCUGAACAACGGCAAAUAUAAUUCAGCACCCCUCUUCAUGCUGGAUCUGUACAACAGCAUGUCCACUGAAGAGAAGAGCGACGUGGAUCAGUACAGAUCACUGUUCACCACCACACGACCCACUUUAGCUUCACUAGAGUUUCUGCAUGACGCGGACAUGGUCAUGAGUUUUGUCAAUUUAGUUGAAAAUGAUAGAGAGCUUUCACCACAGAGAAGACACUAUAGAGAGUACAAAUUCAACCUGUCCCAGAUUCCAGAGGGAGAGGCCAUCACAGCAGCAGAAUUCAGGAUCUACAAGGAGUGUGUGACCAGGGCCUCCCGCAAUGAGACGUUCUUGCUUAGUGUGUUCCAAGUGGUUGGGGAACAUCCAGACAGGGAUGUCGACCUGUUUCUGCUGGAAUCUCGCAGGUUGUGGGCUGCUGAAGAAGGUUGGUUGGAGUUUGACAUUACAGCAUUAAGUAAUCUCUGGGUGACGAGUCCACUUCAUAACCUGGGUCUACAGAUCAGUGUGGAGACCAGCAGUGGUUGGAGCAUCAAUCCCAAGGAAGCUGGGUUAGUAGGUCGUUAUGGUGCUCUAGAGAGGCAGCCUUUCAUGGUGGCCUUUUUUAAAGUGAGUGAAGUCCGUGUCCGAACUGGCCGGUCAGUGGGCAAACGACGUCAGACGAACCGCAAUCGCUCCAACAGUCCACAGGAGACAUCAAACCGAUCAGCUCAAACAGGAGAUUACAACAGUGAUCAGAAGACCGCCUGCAGAAAGCAUGAACUGUACGUCAGUUUCAGAGAACUGGGCUGGCAGGACUGGAUUAUUGCACCUGAGGGUUAUGCAGCAAACUACUGCGAUGGAGAAUGCUCUUUUCCGCUAAAUGCCCAUAUGAAUGCUACUAAUCAUGCUAUAGUACAGACACUGGUCCAUCUAAUGAAUCCACAGAACGUUCCGAAGCCAUGCUGCGCUCCCACCAAACUGCAUGCAAUCUCCGUGCUCUACUAUGAUGACAACUCCAAUGUCAUUCUGAAAAAAUACAAGAACAUGGUGGUCCGCGCAUGUGGCUGCCACUAGCACAAGGGACACCUGCAAUCCUGCUCAAGUGCUGCACCACAGAGACAGAGACAAAUGUUUGUGAGGACUGACAAAACAAAAAAAGCAAUCAUUAUGAACAAAUUUGAGAGAAUGUCUUGACGGUGGAUCCAGGUUUGCUGCUUCUCAUCUAUACACACAUGGCUAUUUGAUGUGACAUUUCGGAUACCACAAACUGCCAAGAGGAUGUUCAUGUGAAUCUAUAACAGAAAAUGAACUUGAUGCCUUAAGUCUAAAACAAAGACACAUUAAAAAAAUGCAAAGUGUGAGAUAAAAUGCUGUUUAAAAAUGUCUCUUACCAAAUAUUUAAAGGGGUUGCAUCAUACACUAUAAUUUCAUUUUCUGUUACAAAACAGUCAAAUCAAUUCUUCAUGACUAUUUUCCACCCGCACUCUGAUGCUUGGAAUUAAAUGGGAUAUGUUUUUGCUGCUGUGCAUUUAGACGUUGUAUCUUUCUCAUGUUUUAAAAGGUCAGAACAAUUUAUUUUUUUAACCUUCAAGAAAUUCUUCCCUAAUAUAAAAAAAACCGAUUUGUGUUCUGAAAGUUACAUUAGCUCUUCUAUUUCAAAAUAAAUUUUGAUGAAGAUUUCAUACUUAUGAAAUACUUUGUCCCAAAGCACAGAAAUCAGAGCAGGGUAUUUCUACUGCUCUGUGUGUUUUUGAUGAAGUCAUUUAAACCCACAGGACUCUAUUUUGGGUCUCAAAAACUCAAAUUAUUUUAAGUUUCUCAAUAUUUGCUCUACCUGUGGUUUGCAUCAGUGAGUCAGAGUGAGUGGUUACACAUUUCAACAGAACUCAAAGAAUGGAACUAUUAUACUGCGGAACUUAUUUAAUGGCGUCCGACACCACAGAUCUAUAAUUUCCCUGCAACACCUGCACCUCAGAUGGCUUACAUCCAAAACUUCCCAUAAGACACGAGGACCUACAAAUAAUUUAAGAUUUUUCAGCAACAAAAUGGUGUUCUUUGCCAACGUUCUCACAGGGGCUGUAGAUUUUCCACCAUUCUAUGAUUUCAGCAGUUUAUCUUUUUUUUUCUCGUCUUCUUCACUGUGAGCAGCUGAAUGGUACAAAAUUCUCUCUGGACAGAGGAUAUAGAUAUAUCGAAUUGAUUAAUACUUUCAUUUUUUAAUACCAAUACUGGAACCAAAUAUUUUGGUUGUUUAUAGUUCUGGAACUUCAUUAUUCUUCCAGUAAUGUGAAGGGAACGCUUCAGAAAAUAUGUAAAUUUUAAUUCUGGACGUCCAUUUAUUUCACUGACACAGGAACCCAACAGACCGACAGGAUCAUACCAACCAACCAAACCUUGACUACCUGGUUCACACUGACAGGGGUCACAUCAUUAACUAGUAUUGGGUUGUACUAGGCUGCUAGUAGGCAUUUCUAAUCCACUGUAUUCAAAGUUCGCCCCAAAAAUUUAAUCUGAACAUAAAAAAAGCAAUAAACUUUUUUCCAAAUAUUGUCAUUUUUACAAUUCAUAUCCCUACUUAUGUCACAUAUUCCCCACAGACUGCUGUUUACAUGUAUCAACCGUAUGUGGAUGCUUGUGUGUACUUUGUAUGUACAUUUUACAGUUUAUUUAUUGUUCCUUUUAUGACUCCUAUACCACAGAGAUCAUAUAACAAGAGUAAAGAAAAAAAAUAAAAACUGCUAUUUUUGGAAAAACACAUUUUAUUAUGAAAUUUGUCACAAUGUGCCUUUUUUGUACAAAAACCCCCACGCAGUGAGUGUACCCCUCUCACACAGGACAAAAAUACUGCGUUUUUCACUGAGGUUGGCUGUGACCAUGUGCCUCGCAUAAAGACUUCACU